CCAGUUCCAUUGCAGACCAGAGGACCCUAAAGUCAAGGAUCUUGACACCGUUGGCUGCUCCUCUGACAUGCAUGCACAAGUCACGUGCCACAUCAAAAUCUUCGCAAAGGCUUCAUUUGCGUUUGGUGGCUAAAUUGUUGUCUGUGGACGUAUGAUCCACUGAGUUCAAUUCCUCCAGCCCAUAAUCACUUUUAAAUACGACCUUGCCUCCGUUUCAGCAUGUUUGGAAAUCGAUCACUAGAUUCGAUGGACUGAUCGACACUGUGAGCAAGCUCGUUGGGUAAAGUUCUUAUAUCUAUUUAUUCUAAUGGAUCUUGAGUUGAUUUUUAAGAUGCAAAACUAUCUCGUUAGAUAUCUGAUCUCCGUAAAAGAUUGCUAUCUUAGGCAAAAUGUCCUACUAAAUCACUAGGGUGAGGGAUAUUUUGCUCCCAUUCUCGUUGGGUAAAACCUUAAGGAAUAUGUUGGUAGCCUUCUUCUUAUCCACGGAUUGGAUUGCAGUGAGAAUAGUACGCUUUUGCUUCUCUGCGCGUGUCAGCUUUUCCUUUUCAUUGUCGCUGUUUAUCUUUAUCCUCUCUCUCACAAGGGCGAUCGUGAGAGUCUGAGAGGAGAGGGUGCUCAUACUUUGCCAGCGAAGAGAAGGAAAGAAAUCGAAGCUUUCUUGGAAAGCAGAGGAAGAGUUGGUAACUAUUCGCUGGGUUGCGCUAAUCUUUGUUGGAGGAACACUGUGCUCUUUUAUGACUUUGCCGAGGAGAAAAUUGGACGCUUGAUUCGGCGACAAUGGCGAGCUCCGAGAGCAAGAAGCACUGGUGGGUGAGCAACAGGAAGCUCGUCGGCAAGUACCUCAGCGAAGCGCGAGUCCUGGUCGCGACGUGGGAGAACUCCAACGUCUCCUCCGCCGUCGGCCUCCUCGACGCCGCCCUCGCGCUCUCGCAGCGCCACGAGGACGCGCUGGAGCUCAAGGCGCGCUCGCUUCUCUUCCUCCGCCGCUUCCGGGAUGUGGCAGACAUGCUCCAAGACUGCAUACCGAGUUGCGCUACGGUGGGGACUGGCGAGGGCGACUCCUCUACCUCCGUCGGCUCCGCCGCCUCAGCCCCUCUAAAUGGGGCGCGAUUCUCGCUGCUCCGGGAGGAAUCCGUCGGCGCCUGCGCCUUCAGCUGCAUCUCCAUAGCCGACCUCAAGCGCAAGGUUUCAGCCGGAUUCUCGUGGAGCCCCCGCGAUGAAGGGCAUUGGAGGUACCUAGUACUUGGCCAUGCUUGCUGCCGCCUCGGGCUAAUGGAGGACGCUCUGGUACUCCUCCAAACCGGUCGCCGUCUCGCUGCCGUCGCCUCUCGCCGCCUUUCUGUCUCUUUGUCUGGCGACAGAUUCGAAUCCCACUCUGCCUCUGUAGGUAGUAGCGGAGCGGCAACAGAGUCGGCGUCCGCUUCCCAACUCAUUUCCCACAUCAAGCUCCUCCUCCGCCGUACCUCCGCCGCCAACGCGGCGCUGGAGGUUGGCGCCGCCUCGGAAUCCAUCCGCCACUUCUCCAAGGUACUCGACGGCCGACGAGUCAUUCCGGCCGUGUUCGCCGCCGGUUGUUUCGUCGGCCGCGCCUCCGCCCACCGUCUGGCGGGCCGCCUCGCCGAGGCCAUCGCGGACUGCAACCGCGCCCUCGCGGUGGAACCCUACUGCAUAACCGCUCUCCGUGCCCGCGCCGACCUUCUCGAGUCCGUGGGGGCGCUCCCGGACUGCCUCCUCGACCUCGACCACUUGAAGCUCCUCUACGAUUCCAUACUCCGCGACGGCAAGCUUCCCGGCUCAGCAUGGAGGCCUCGCCACGGCGUCCGGUACCGCGACGUCGCGGCCGAGCACCGGGCACUCGUGGCCCGAGUGCAACAGCUAAAGAGCCAAGUUGCGGCCGCGGCAGGGUUCGUCAACGUUGAUUAUUACGCCUUAACGGGAGUCCGCCGUGGGUGCACGAAGUCAGAGUUGGAGCGGGCGAACUUGCUGCUGAUGCUGAGGCACAAGCCAGAGAAGGCGGCAGCGUUCGUGGAUCGAUUGGAGUUCUGCGACGACCACCGGGAUCCCGACAGUGCCAGGGAUCAGGCCAAGAUGUCUGCGACAAUAUUGUAUCGCAUGCUGCAGAAAGGGUAUUCGAGGAUUAUGGCGACGGUGGCGGAGGCAGCGGAAAGGAAGCAAGUGAUCAAGGAGAAGAGAAGUUCUGCUCCGAUACAAACUAAUUUCCUAUUGGAGACAGCCUCGUCGCCGUCUGCGCCGGCGUUGUUUCAAGAGAUGUUUUGCCGGGAGAUAAUGGGGGCGGGAUGCGUACUUCCCCAUGGUGCAAUUUCGGUGAAAUAGCAGGAAUGCUUUGCCUCCUUAAUUCUAUUAAUGUAUAGAAUUUUGUUUGAUUAAAUUGUGGGUAGACUUUGAGAUUGUGCUUGUGUAUAAAUUGUAUAUGAGAUAUUUUUUUUUCUGC